AUGCUGCUCCCUCAUCUAUGGACAAGCAGCGGGUACGGUAAUGACAGAGACACUGAUGACGACGGCUUUGAAGACGAUGACGAAUCCUCCAAAGGAUACCCUGUAACCCUCCUCCCAGAACUGACCAUGUGUGCCGCCUCGAAUGGGAUCCGCGAGAAACGUGACUACGUCAGGACCAGAUCGAUCACGCUGUGGCACGAGGAGGAUGGGGGGAAAGGUCUCAAGGAGCGAUUGAUAACGUGUGUUCAGAAGCUGGAGGAUGUUCCGGAGGAUGAGAAGGACUGGGAUCCGGGGACAGAUGAUAAGAUCUUGGACUUGGUUCAUUCGUCCUUGUUCCCUUUCAUUGCUAGCUGGACACUUGUCACUACAAAGGAAAUGAUCCCGCCGCUGGCGCAUAUCGGUGGAGGCAAGACCAAGAAACGCGCGCCUCACGUUGGUGGAUUGGAUUCGACUUUCUAUUUGAAAAGAUCCUGGCAUGUCAAAGGCAUGGCGAACGAAAACAUAGUCACCAUCGAGAUCUACUACUACAACUCCGAAAACAUCACUGAAUCCCGCCGCCUCAACUUCUACCACUACAUUGCCUUUCCAAAUACCUUCCAACACCAAGUCCAGCCGUUUCGAUUACAGGCACAACCGGCCCUGGAUUCAGUGUUCUUCCUCGCCGACCCCGAAGAAGGCCCCCAUUCUGUUCACAACAUUCGUGCCACCACAACAAAUGGCUGCUCUUCAGGCACAGUGACCGCUGCUUCGCUGAACAAGAGGCUGGCCAAGAAGCUGUCGCCAGAGAUUGCACGCGAUAUCGAGCGGCCGGUGUAUUAG